UAAAAGCUGUCAACACUGAUGCUCUUAUCUGACAAGAAUCAAAGAAGGUCAAUUUAUACACCGCUGCACAAUACCCAGUCAAACAUAAGUAUUCACUUACAUAAGCAAGUAAUUGAAAUAUGUUCAAUCAAAUGAGAAAUCAAGUGAAAAAAGCAUUAGAUAAUUUUUAGGUGGAUGUUUUUUUCUUGCAAAUAUACAAAGAUGUUAAAAAAAGGAUGGUUAAUCUAUAUACUUCAAAAGAGCUCUUUUUGAUCUGGUCAAGAAGAGAUGAGUAAGCAUGACUCAUGUGCAGCCAUGAAAAAGUUUCCGUGCCCUUUGUCGGAUCUUCCUCGAUCUAUUUUCGUUUUCCGACUAAAUGUUCGGUAUGUUACUCGGCCCUUUUACCGCGAUUUAAACUAUGGAAAAUAGCGACGGCUUUUAUAGUAUUUCAUGUCAUUAUGGUUCCUUUUUUAUUUUUGUUUAAUUAUUCUAUUCUAUGAUUGACCGCUGACCCACAAGGCAAUCAAUGACGGGUGGCUCACCCUAAUACUCAAAGGGCGAGCCCGCGGGAAACCUGUGGUAAUCUGGGAAGGGGUCUGGAGGGAUAGUGUUCGAAGGGGGGGAAGGGGGUACCUGGGUUUGACAUGGAAUACAGGGAAAAAUGAUACAAACAGUUAUAUUAUAUAAAAAUAUAUUAUAUUUUAUAAUGUAAAAUGUCUUUUAUUAAGCAAUCGAUUUAUAUAUGUAGCACUUGUCACGCGAAUUCAUGUGAAAAAAACACAUCCACUCAAAAGUGGGAGGGAGCUUGCAUCCCCUAAAACCUUCCCAGCAUGCUGUUCGCUUAUCAGCUCGACCCAAUCCGCCGCGAAAGGUAAGAACGGGGAAUAAGACAGGAGAUGUGUGCUUUCUGCUUGAAUUGACCUCAUUUCAUUAACAAUAGCAAAAUACCAAACAUUAUUGUUAUUUUUUAUUUUUACUGCUUUACCAUCAGCUUCCGCACCUGCUGUACUAACCGGUCAGUCCGGUAAUCCACGUUUGCUGUGGCUUCGUCUAUAACUAUGAGUUUGCUAUUCUGUAGUAAUGCUCGCGCAAGACAUAGUAGCUGUCGCUCUCCCACACUAAAACCAGAACCGGACUCGCCCAGACGGUGCUCCAGCUUUCCUGGUAAACCCUCCAAGCAUUUCUUCAUCUGCACAUUAUUUAAAGCCGUUUAGAUUCCCUGGUCUCUAAAACGGCCAGUUCUUCCUUACACUUCCAAAAAAUUUCAAAAGGCGUCCGAGUAAUGACUGAUAUGGCUCUCUGAGAAUCUUGGAUAUUUGGACCGCCAAGAUCUAUUCCGUCAAACACGAUCCUUCGCUUUGGCUUCCGAAUGCGAAAUAGCGCCUCAAGGCUGACACCAUCUAAGACUCGAGUCAUGGUCAUGUGUAAGCAUGUGGGUCCGAAUGUUGGUUUUGCAUUCAUCUUACAGGAGUCGUUUGCUAAAACUUUCAAACACAGUCUUUAAACAUUUAACACCUUAUAUGCAUCAAACACAUCGAACAUCGAAUACAUCUAUCAUCUCUUACCUUAAGAUAUACCCCAAAAAGCCAACACAAAAACGAUUGCUGGAGCAGAAAGACCCGCGCGGAAGUACUACCAGUACAGCCCCCAUUCGACCACACCCCAGGCCCUAACUAGUGCGCUAGUGUUGUUAGCAGCGCACGCUAGUGGUCGUUUCGUUAGCAGUAAUAACACGUCGCCCAUAAAUGUAAUAACUUAGAAUUUUGACUCGUAGAAACAUCAUUAGGCAAACAAACUGGCCCGGCGUCAACAACAGCUUUAUCGUGGAGAAUGUCUGAAACAGAGGGCUGUCACGUGACGCCUGAGGACGAGGCUGCUCGCACCAGACCACCGCAUCCAUCACUUUUCCCAGCAAGCACCUAGGGCUCACGUAGUAACCACGUGACCAACAGCAUCACAUCAACCUUGUCGUAUUAUUGUGUAAUUUUUUAGUUAUUUUAUUCUCCUUUUUUUACGUCCUGGUGAGAACUAUAUGCUCACGUGAAAUAUGAAAGUCCGGUUUUACUUGAGUUUCUUUUAUUGGUAUGAAAUGAUGGUUAAAAUCAGGGAUGAAAGGUAAUGUUCCAGAAAAAAUCCUACCAAAUCCCUUUAUCUCGAAUGAUUUUCCCUCUUAAAAAUUUCUAACCCCAAAUCCCAAUUGUUUUCUCUCGAACUUCCGUAUCUCGGUAUCGUUUCAAAAACCCAUUGUAUGGACGCCUCAGAUGUGGAAACUUGAAUUUUAUCCAUUACGUAUUUCAUUCAUAUUUAAUAUUUUAUAUUUGCGUGAAUAGUAGCUAUGGAUGCGCUAUCGAGGAUAUCCCGUGCUUCAUUUUGAAAGCACUCUUUAGUUAAGCCACUCCAUACCAUUAUGCUCUCUCAGCAUGGGCUCCAUGUAGGAUCUCCCUGUAACAAUGAGUCAGGUGCCACAAGAUGUGAAAUCGCGUUGCUAAGUGGACCAAAGUUUUGUUCAACGCUGACUUUAAAUCAGUUAGUUUCUUCGGCGCUUUUAGCAGACAUGACAUUCCAGGGUAAGGCUACCCGUUUAAAGUCCGCAAUGCACCGCAAAACACCCGAUAACAAGUUUCUAAAUUCAAGUUUAAUGAGUGAUAGUGGUUUUGAUGAGAAUUAUGAAGUGGAUGAGAUCCUCGAAACUUUUCGUCGUCGCCAAAAGGAAGUCGCAAAUUCUGUUGCUGGGGCGAACACAGUACGAUUCAGUGAACCUGAAAAUCAGUCUGAAAGAGAAUCCGUCUCACAGUGUAACAAGAAUCACUGUGAUUACAGAUCAGAUAGCAGCUUAUACUACCAGGAAGUCCGAGACCUCGUCCAGACACGCCUAGCGGACGCUCGUUUCGACGCGGUUGAGAAUAAGCUAGACCGGGUUCUGACAGGUAUUGGUGGUGAGAGCAAGUCACAAGACCUCUUGAUGCAACUCAUGAUGGAGCGGAUGAAGGAACUUGAGCAGAAGAUCGAGAAACAAGGAAGUUUGCCCCCCGUGUCACCCGCUACCCAAGCAGCCAACCGCAACAAGACCUCACAACAAGCAUGGCAGGACGAGACGCCCAUUUUUUGCCGUACCAGCAACUAUGUCGUAGAGAAGGCGACACAAACGCCAGGCAAGGAGCACGAAGCCGAAGGUGUUUACGUCCUCGUUUCUAAGAAAAACGACCAACCAGUCCGCAAAGUACACCAUCAAAUCACUUACGCACAGCCAGAGUUCGUAGAAGAUAGCCCCAAUCCUAAAUCACGAAACGUCUAUGUCUACUUGGAGGAAAACGGGACCGCGCGCAAAAUACGUCAACCCCCAACCCCAAUGUCCGCCCCAGUUCUCGUACAAAAGGCGCGGACAAGGAAACCGCUGAAGCUUGCGCAGGCGUACACAGGGUACCCGGAGUAUAUAAUGAACAAGGCCCCGCCCCCUGUUACAGUGCGUAAGAUGAGAAAGAAAGUUACGACAGCCUAUGAGGGGUACCCAGAAUAUAUUUGUCAAGAGACCCGGGUCCGUAUCCCGAUAUGGGACUCCGCAAAGGUUAAUAAAGAGGUCAUGUUUCUGCCCCCCAUCCCGGACCCGUAUUCCAAGAGGCGGCCACGUGACGCUGGGACACCGAGCAGGCACAUGUUCACCGGAAACAAAAACCGCUGACCUGGUAAGUGCUGACUUUGUAAGAGCUUAGAGUGGUGAAGUAGGCGGGAUUUGCUCCUCAAAUAUUAAUUAUAAAAUUCGGCCUAGAAAAGCUACUUUGGACUUAAACAUGAUCGUGUCGGAUAAGGGGAGUCUAGAGAGCUCGAUCUCUCUUCUCCCCCUUCGGACUGAAGGCAUGUAUUGGAGCCCCCACUACCGGAGGACUAGAAACCUGCCCCUUCGGACUGAAGGCAUGUAUUGGAGCCCCACUACCAGAGGACUAGAAACCUGCCCCUUCGGACUGAAGGCAUGUAUUGGAGCCCCACUACCAGAGGACUAGAAACCUGCCCCUUCGGACUGAAGGCAUGUAUCGGAGCCCCACUACCAGAGGACUAGAAACCUGCCCCUUCGGACUGAAGGCAUGUAUUGGAGCCCCCACUACCAGAGGACUAGAAACCUGCCCCUUCGGACUGAAGGCAUGUAUGGGAGCCCCACUACCGGAGGACUAGAAACCUGCCCCUUCGGACUGAAGGCCUGUAUUGGAGCCCCACUACCGGAGGACUAGAAACCUGCCCCUUCGGACUGAAGGCAUGUAUGGGAGCCCCACUACCGGAGGACUAGAAACCUGCCCCUUCGGACUGAAGGCAUGUAUUGGAGCCCCACUACCAGAGGACUAGAAACCUGCCCCUUCGGACUGAAGGCAUGUAUUGGAGCCCCACUACCGGAGGACUAGAAACCUGCCCCUUCGGACUGAAGGCAUGUAUCGGAGCCCCACUACCGGAGGACUAGAAACCUGCCCCUUCGGACUGAAGGCAUGUAUCGGAGCCCCACUACCGGAGGACUAGAAACCUGCCCCUUCGGACUGAAGGCAUGUAUUGGAGCCCCACUACCGGAGGACUAGAAACCUGCCCCUUCGGACUGAAGGCAUGUAUUGGAGCCCCACUACCGGAGGACUAGAAACCUGCCCCUUCGGACUGAAGGCAUGUAUUGGAGCCCCACUACCAGAGGACUAGAAACCUGCCCCUUCGGACUGAAGGCAUGUAUCGGAGCCCCACUACCGGAGGACUAGAAACCUGCAAGAAAAGAAAAGGAGAAGUGGGGACGAGGAGUUUGACGCUUCCAGUUUCGGCGCCUUUUUCUCUUUGGUGUAAAUGUGAACAAAGAGGGAGAGCUAAUGAUGAUAAGUAUUUAUAUGAUUGGAUUCUUGUACUUAAAAGAAAUGGAUUUUGGGAUAAAUUCAUAUUUUUAAUGCACGAAAGAAAUAUAUGGAAGUUAGCACAUGCACAAUAAAUAUGUACAAAGACGCAACAAAAACACGCAUGCGAGCAUUCUGACCCAGAGAAAAUCAUACAUGAAGCAAGGAAACUACAUGGCUAACACAAAUUAUGCUUGUAUUUUUCUUAAGAUGUCAUAUAUGUUAAUACAUUUCUAUAAAAAAUAAUCUUCGUACUAAAUUAAAACUCAUCAAAACCUCCUUGGCUGAAUUUUUGUUCAGGUUUUUUAGUGGUCCAGGUGAAAUGUUUGUCGGAAAUACUGAACACAGUAUUAUAGCGACUCACUGAUGUAUCUAUUAACAAUUCUGACAACAUAAAUUUCCAAUAAACAUUAAUGAUCGCCA